CGAAUCAUGCAAUCAAUUCAGGUCACGUUCAAGGAUCUACUGCAAAGCGGUGAUGGGGGUUUGAGCGCCUUGGCCGAGAUUCUGUGUAGCAACACAAGACGGCCGAUCAAGGAGGAGUGCCAUGAUGCCGAACAAUGGAUAAGCCAAUUCUGUGACAAGAAUCUCCGUUGGGAAUCCAUAGGGCUCUUGUGGGCUGGGGUUGCGCAGAUAUCAGAUGACGUCGACUCUCUACGCAGCCACCAUGUUGAAUCGCUCGCUCAUCAUGUGUCCCCCGAGACAGCCCGGGCUUGUCUAGGUUACUGUAUUGAACUCGCUCGCACAUUUACCGAGGGUAACGAGGCACUGCUGGAUCUUUGCCGGCGAAAGUCGGUUCUUGACUCCAUCAUUGACGGUGAUGCUCGAAUCUCGAGCUACGUCUCCCAAAGCCUGGCCGUCACCAUGCUCACAUAUCUUGGGCUUCACGCUUUAGAGAAUGGACCCUCGUACAGACCAACACUUUGCUCCGAGUAUCGACGUCGACUUGUCGCCCAGAUCUUCACCACGGACAAGUUUGGCGUUUCUUUUGCUGGUCGGCCGCCCUCCUUGACUGGCACCUUUUGCUCUACUCCGAUGCCCCUUGACAUCAGUGAUGAAGACCUUUGUUCUGACAAUGCCACUCUGAUGAGAGCAUUCAACUCGCUGGAUGAACAUGGUUGGAAUACGGUUGGUGAGAUAUAUCCCACCACCAUGAUUCGAGCACGACACAUGAUCGCUGUCAUACGGGACGAGUUGAUCGAUAUCGCCUUGUGUAACAGAAGACCUGUGGAUACAAACCAUCUCCAAGACAUCAAGACUCGACAGAUGGCAUCAAUGUCUACCCUUCCAGAAUGGGUCAAGUACAACCCGGACGACCUCAUUAACCCCGACGUUGAUGCGAAGACCUUGUACUUUAGAAUCACGCUUCAGCUCGAUUACUUGAAGAAUCUCUUCUUUGUUGAAAGGUUGCUUCACCGACAUGGCGAAUCUGACAAGAGGGACUUGGUCCUUGCGAGCUUCGACCUCGUCAAACUAACAGUCGAACUCUGGAACCGUCAGAGCUCUUUGGAUAGCCCCGUGAUACUACGCGAAUUCGAAUGGCAGCUUCUAGAGUACGGAGCACCUGGUGGAGGCAUCUUAUGUCAAGAGCUACUCCAACCAACUCCCACGGGAUCUGAUUCUCGCUACGCUGGACUGACGAGGUCGGCUAUCGUGCAGCAGUUGAGCUUACUGGUGGGAUUCCUAGACUGGGUUCCCGCUUCGGCUCCUGCUGGGGAAUCGUGCGCCAACUUUAAGCACCUCAUCCAGCGCGUACUGGACCAUCACUUGAAUGAGCCUGUCGAGCUGGAGGCAAGGGGAAACUUGGAGACAUUGGGCUGGGGAUCAUUGCUGCCGCCUCCCUUUCGCUUUGGGUUGUUGAAUAGUUUUGAUUGGCUUGAUCCUAGUGUGUGA